UCAUAGAUGUGCGCAAAGCAAGCAGCUCAGCCAUCUUUUAUUUUUAUUUUAGUAAUAAAACGCUUUUUAAAGCGCGAUCGAUUGAUCCACUGGAAGGUGUGAUAUGGUCUUCAUAGCCUGUAGUCUGAGUUAGACUAGAGAACCGAUUUGACUGCUUUGCAUCUACACCACCUGUUUGUGGCAGGCUCUGGAAGUAAAUAGUCAUGACAGAGAGAAUAUUUGUGUUUGUUGAUGAAGAGGAGCUUUACAGUAUGAUGAAGGACCUUGACUGUCUCUACUGUAGGAAUCCAGUUACUGCAUCUAAACAUCACCUCAAAAAAAAACAUCUCAGAUUCGCUAUAUAUUAUAAAGAUUCUGGCAUUGGGAAGUUUUCUAUCCCCUGUUACUGUGCGGACGGAGGCCAUGGCCGGAGCCACUGGCAUUGCCCAAUGUGCACCAAAAUACUGCAAAGGACAAAGGAUUACAAAAUACAUAUUACAAACCAUGGUGUGGAGAUGACAGACCAAUCCACAGUUGAGCUACAACCCUCGACCGUCCUGUUGGAGACCCUGCAAACAGACACUGACGACAGGACAACAGGGAACAAGUCCUCCUGCAUGAAGUGUGGAGUCCACUUUACCACCACAUCAAACCUGCGACGGCACGAAAGGCUCCAGCACUGCCAGGACCAGCAGCCCAUGCUAUGCGUAGAUGCCAAAAACGGCAUCUAUGUCACACCCAAGGACACACACGGACCCAGAGUGCCCGUUCAUAUCCAGAAAUCCUUCUCCUUACAGAUCCUGCUCUGUGAGCUGGAGGAAUGCUGGGAUUUCAUGAAAGCGCAGGCGCAGAGAGGAAACCCAGGGAGAGAGUGCCGUCACCUGAUAAGGACGAACCUCGCUCGCCCCUACACGCCCCCCCCGCCGCUGUGUGUGCACUCUCUUGAGGACAUGACAUGCAAACACCUGCUGUCCACACCACACACACAGCAGUGCCAGGAGAUACACUCCCGGGCGGGUUUGGACGGGGUCGAUUGCGUGUACCCCAUUUUCUGGGGUGGGCAUGAGCUCUCCGAGAGAUGCAUGUACUUCUCUGUGUACACCGGCCUUAAGGACAAAUGGUGUCAGUUCGGGAGGACGCGCGUGACGUUUGACACCAGGUCCGGCAUCUGGAAGUGCCUGUGUGACUUCGGGAGGAGCCGCUGCGUACACAAGUGCUUAUCCAUGUGGUGGCUCUUCCAGGAGCGUCCCGAGCUGCUGGGAAACGCCCUGGAGACGAGCGCCGAUGAUGUGGGGGAGCUGGAGGAGGAGGAGGAGGAGGAGGAGGUGGAGGAGGACGACGGGGUUCAACUGUGUCCAGAGGAGGGGGACAUCUGCUAGUGUCAUCCGUCACAACUACAGUCUCCGUCAAGACGGCACAACAUUCUUGGUGUCUACAGUCAGUAACAGCACUGGCCAUACCCUCGUAUUUUGUUAACUGUUGGUUCGUAAAAAUGUGUAUGAUGUUGCUACACUCAUCUUCUUAAAGGGAUA